CCUCCAGGUGAUAGCAGCAUCAUGGACGACGUCCCGCCGAUCAUCAGCAUCUCCAUCUCACUCAGGAUCCAGCCCAACGACGGACCAGUUUUCUUCAAGGUGGACGGAACCCGCUUCGGUCAGACCCGAACCAUCAAGCUGCUGACCGGGUCCAAGUACCGGAUCGAGGUGGCGGUGAAGCCCGGAACCGUGGAGGCCACCAACAUGAACAUCGGAGGAAUCAUCUUUCCUCUGGAGCAGCAGUCCAGAGACGAUGAGUCGGUGGUUUAUCAGGGACACUACGACACAGAGGGCGUCCCACACACCAAGAGCGGAGACCGUCAACCUGUCCAAGUCAGCAUAGAGUUCAACAAGGCCGGCACCUUUGAGACCGUCUGGCAGGCCAAGUACUACAACUACUACAAGAGGGAGCACUGCCAGUUCGGCAACAAAUUUAGCAACAUCGAGUACGAGUGCAAACCAAACGAGACCCGGAGCCUGAUGUGGAUCAACAAGGAAGUGUUCAACUGAGCCAGGACAUCUGAGCGUCCAACUUCAGGACAUGGAUUCAACAGGCGGCGUCUCCCGUCAAUAUUCCUGUUUUAUUCAAGAUUCAAGGAUUUUUAUUGUCAUUCACAUCACAAUUAGUACAUGAGGUGGAACAAAACUAUUAUUAUUUUAUUACCACAAAGAGGAUAAGAGGAAGAAGGAUGUGGACCAAUCAUGGACCCAUAGUAAACCCAUCACGGGUCCAUAAUAGACCCAUCAUGGGCCCAUGAUAGUCCAAUAGUAGACCCAUCAUGGACCCAUCAUAGAACCAUAACAGACCCAUGAUGGGUCUGUUAUGGACUCGUCACGUUCCAUCCCAUAUAACCCCACGGAGUUCUGAAUACUGAAACACCCACCCCACCCAUGGACCUCAUCAAAACCCUGCCAAAGUCCUGCAGGUUCUGGUAGAUUUUUUGUGUCUCAGAGCAUCUUCAUCUGGUGUGAAGAAGCCUAAAGACACUUAACUCUGACCUUUUACCUCUUUCAGUUUCGUAACCUUGAGUUGUGUCAAUAGACGACUGAACAAAGUUUAAAUUAGAUCUUUAGGAAUAAAAGUUGAAGAGGGGAGGUUUGGAUCAGAACUUUGUAUCAGAACUGAACAUCUGUGUGUGUGUGACUGCAUGUCCUUUGUCUUUGUGUUAUUUAAAAAUAAACUAGUUUUUCUUCAGGUAGGUUCAUAAAUCUAUUAAAUUAAAUAAAUGUGUUUGUUUGGGACUACUUUCUGCAGCGGAUGAAUCUGUUGUCAGGACGCUUCCUGCUCUCGGUGCUUUUUAAACCUUCACGUUCUGUUUGUGGAGUUUAAUUCUUUUUGCCAAAUGAAGUCUUGAAUUGUUUUGUUGUAAAGUUGAGCUUGACGUGCGUUUGUGAAUAAA